UAAAGACCGGUGAAAGCUUGCGAAGAUGUCCUCCAUGGAAUCAAAGGCCAUUCCGUCUCAUUUGGAGAUCAUGCAGAAAUCCGUCACCGAACUGAAGUCUCUCGGCAGCGAUCUGGGUCUGGCUUUUAGUGGCAAAGAUCGAAAACAGGAUUUGGUGAAAAGAAUUUGCGAGCACUACAAGAUCCCGCCAAUGUUUACGGUCCAAACAAGACGCCGCGCCAGCGCUCCUCAAGAUCCCGUUGCGGGGUCUUCCACCAUGCCGGACAGUGGCAACAGUGCGGCCGUGGACGCCUGGACGAUUACCGAUCGCAGUGCGCUGCUGGAGAUCCUGCGCACCUUCCGGUGCUGAUCCUCGGCGAAAUUCCGGCCGAUUUCCUGCAGGAGAUGGAGAA